AUGAUCAAUCACCUGGAAGGGAAGCUCGAGCGGUUGGAAACUCAUCUGAACAGCAUUUUCAACGUGGGGGAGCUCAGUCCGAUCCCGGACACACCACCACCGGGGGAGACUGGGCCACCGGCUCUGGCAAGCACUGAUCCCGGGUCAGAGGAUUUCGACGAUUCCGAGACUGAAGAUCCGUCCGCGCAACAGGAGCCAGCCUCUGCCAGCCUACCCUUGAAUCCUGUGGUUCCAUCCAUGCAUGGCCAGUAUACUGCCGGGAUCCUUGGAGAGACACCGUGUUUCUACAUUCCACGGUGCAUCAGUGACACCGGUGCAGGCUGUAACUCAGGUUUCUCUGUCUCGACGGAGGAAGGUCUGGACUGGGUCUCACGAAAAGCGGGCCCGAGUCAUCUGGAUCUGCUGCUGGGCAGUAUGACCUCCGUACCCGAGUUGACCACGUUUUUGCCGCCCAGGAAGCUGUUCGGCCCGUUCCCACGAGGAGAGCUCUUGACCCAGCUGCUGCAGGAUUACAUGGAGUACUUCAAUGUGACCUUCCCGAUCUUCACCCGAGCCGAGAUUGACUCGCUGUUUGCCGACAAUUACGCCGAUCCUCAACUGCACGGCCCCGGCCGAUGGACCAGCAUCCAGGUGAUUUUGGCUGUCGCAUAUCUGCUCCCCGGCUCACGAGGGCAGCCGGAUCAUCAGGUCAGUGCGCUGUUCAUGAAGGGGGCCAUGCAAACCAUCAAUGAGCUUCUGCUAGCUCCCCCGGAUCUAUGGGCAUGCAAGUCCAUUGUAGUGAUGGCCGUUGGCUUCCUGGCGAUGGCGGCUGGGCAUCCUUGCAGUUCUCUCAUCUCCAUUGCGGUUCAGAUCAGCAAUCAACUCGGGCUGGGCAAAACCGCCGCACAGGCUGGGCUGUCGCCCGACCAGGUACAACACCAGCGGUUGCUGUUCUGGAUGGUCUGUGCCGUCGAUAUAGAAAUCUCCUAUCGAUUUGGACUCCCGCCGGCCCAGAAAGAAGACAUUGUUGGUGAGGCGGCACCUAUCGACUCCCCGUCAAGCGCCUACAGCGUGCCCAUCAAGGACGAAUCGGGCACCUUCAAUCUGUUCGAUUGCUCGGUUGAGCUGGUGCAGAUCAGGAGCCAGAUCAUCCGACAGCUGUAUCUAACUUCGGCUGCCAAUCAAUCGUUUGAUCAGUUGCUCGCUGUGGCGGGGGACUUUGACCAACGAUUACAGACCUGGCUGAAGAAGAUCCCCUACGACUAUCGGCCGGACGCGGGCGCGCCUCCACCGUUCCGCAACUUGCCGGGGUGGUCAACCCUGCUGUUCAUCCAUUACACCUACUAUGACUGCAUGAUCGCCAUCCACUCGUUGAUCGCCAUGAGAGGAGUGGAUUCCGCCCAGGAUCUGAUCAGCACCCACAGCCCCCCGGUCCUCGCCGGAUUCUCCAACAAUCCUCGGGUCUUGCUGUCGACCUCGCUGACAUCCCGAGCCGCAAGAGCAUCUCUCGCGCUGAUGAAGUAUUUGCCUGCCGAUGACAUUCACCUCGGGAUCGCUUACCACUACCCUUCGGUGGCGAUGAAGACGCUUGCCUCGAGCAUCAUACGCAGCCCUCGGCCUGCUGCAGAGGUCUACAGCUUGCGAAUGCUGUAUCAAGCGGAGUCGUACCUCUCGCAAAAGGCUCGGGAUUCCCCCCUCGAAGCGAUCCGGCGCCUGUGGAAGGUCUGCACCGACUGCUGCGCGGUCGCUCAGCGCGCCGUAGAUUCUGCGUGA